AUAACAACAUAGCAACAGGUCACCCACGUGUUACUCAAAACCGUGCGACUGUAGGGAGGGCUUUGCUAGUCCCAGAACAGAGGUGACCUUGCCCCAUGUCCAGCCUCGAGAAAAUGUCUACAGCAGAUUUGAUGGAGAAUCUCAGGGAAGAACUCACCUGUUUCAUCUGCUUGGACUAUUUUAGCAGCCCAGUGACCACCGAGUGUGGGCACAGCUUUUGUCUGGUGUGUCUGCUCCGGAGCUGGGAGGAACAUAACACGCCUUUAUCUUGUCCUGAGUGCUGGAGGAGCUUGGAGGGCCCGCAUUUCCAGCCGAACGAGCGUCUGGGGAGGCUGGCCAGCAUCGCCAGGCAGCUCCGGUCCCAGGUGCUGCAGAGCGAGGAUGAGCAGAGCAGCUACGGGAGGAUGCCCGCUGCUGCCAAGGCGCUCUCCGAUGACGAGCAGGGUGGAAGCGUCUUCGCAGUCCAGAGCCAUGGUGUAAACAGAGUGCCCCUCUCCAGCGAGGCUGAGGAGCAUCACAGGGAGAAACUUCAGGAAAUCCUGAAUCUUUUGUGUAUAAGGAGAAAGGAAGCUCAGGCUGUACUAACCCACGAGAAGGAGAGAGUGAAACUGUGCCAGGAAGAAACAAAGACUUGCAAACAGGUUGUUGUGUCAGAAUACAUGAAAAUGCACCAGUUCCUGAAGGAAGAGGAGCAGCUGCAACUCCAGCUACUAGAACAGGAAGAGAGAGAGAACAUGAGGAAACUGAGGAACAACGAGAUCAAAUUGACCCAGCAAAUCAGAGGCCUGAGCAAAAUGAUCGGACAGAUGGAGUCCUCCAGUCAAAGCUCGGCUUUAGAAUCUCUUGAGGAAGUGAGAGGAGCCCUGGAAAGGAGCGAGCCACUCUUGCUUCAGUGUCCAGAGGCCACCACCACAGAGCUGAGUCUGUGCCGCAUCACGGGAAUGAAGGAAAUGCUAAGAAAAUUCAGCACGGAGAUAACGCUGGACCCAGCCACAGCCAAUGCUUAUCUCGUGUUGUCUGAGGAUCUGAAGAGUGUGAAAUACGGGGGAAGCAGACAGCAGCUACCCGACAACCCGGAGAGAUUUGACCAGUCUGCGACCGUGCUGGGCGCUCAGAUCUUCACCAGUGGGAGACACUACUGGGAGGUGGAGGUGGGAAACAAGACGGAGUGGGAAGUGGGCAUCUGCAAGGACUCGGUGAGCCGAAAGGGGAACCUCCCCAAGCCGCCCGGGGACCUGUUCUCACUGAUCGGUUUAAAAAUCGGAGACGAUUACAGCCUCUGGGUCUCGUCCCCUCUGAAGGGUCAGCACGUCAGAGAACCUGUGUGUAAGGUUGGUGUCUUCCUGGACUAUGAGUCUGGACAUAUAGCAUUCUACAACGGGACGGAUGAGUCCCUCAUCUACAGCUUCCCGCCGGCUUCUUUCCAAGAGGCUCUCAGGCCUAUCUUUUCCCCCUGCCUCCCAAAUGAGGGGACAAACACAGACCCUCUCACCAUCUGCUCACUCAACAGCCACGUCUGAGGGGCGUGCCCUGAGCCUUCACAGCGGGCGAUGUCUGAGACCAAGACAUAACUAUUAAGAUGAUGAAGGCAUCGACAGUAUUAAUGUCAGGUGAUCUGAAAUAAACUCCCCUACCCCCACCCC